UACCUAAUAUAUAUAUAUUAGGUAUAAUAUAUAUAUAUUAGGUAUAGUCGCUAAACUCAAAUUUUAAAAAGAUAUUUUGGAAUACAGUUAUUUUGUCCUAUGUAAAAUCGAAGUAAGAACAAAACAAUUAGCAUAAUUUUUAGGACUCUCGCAUAAAGUGUAAAAUAUUAAACGACAUUGUUUCGCAGCCCAAUAACUUUUUAAUUAACAACAUUAACUGAACGCUUUCUCCGAAGUAAGGCACUGGAAAGUUAGAGUCAUCUUAUGGCCCAAUUUGAUCGGAUCGGAUGUCAAUAAAGGCUGGGAGGCGACACCUCUGUGUACAUCGUUAACCCAAUACAGAUCGACCUACAUUGCGUGCCCGCGAUAAAAGACAGUAACAACAUAAAAUGUGAAUCUAUUUUUGUAUUUAUACAAGUAUUGCUUUGAAUCACUGGAGCUUUCCUUCGUUAAUGAUUGUACGGAACAUUCAAUAAUGUAAGUCAAAUAACUUGAUUACAAAUUGGCAUCUUUCUUUGAACUUAUUAUAACUGAAAUAUACUAUUAUCAGUAGGUACCCACUUGCACUAAUUACCGAAAAACCCAAGUUAAAAAAAAAAUAUUUUUAGACAUGCAAAUCUAUCCUUGUGAAGAACUUACGUAGGCCAUCAAAUAAACAAAAUCAAAUAUUUAUUAUUUUAUAACAUUUUUUUAUAAUAAUCUAAAUUUCUGUUUUAAGACACACAUAGUUAAAACGUUUUUCAUUAAAUCAUCCCUGAUUUAUUCAUUCAGGAAAAACUUACAGGAUAACAUAUAGAUUAAACAUUUAAGGAAGUUUACUAUUAGUCGUUUGUGGUUAAACUAGUAUUUCAAGGUGAGGAUUUUAUUUAAUGUUAGUUAUUGAGUAGGUAUUUGUUCUUUAUUGAAAUAUCAUGGUAUUGUUUAUUUAUAUAAAAAUAUUUAAUUUACAAAAGCUUAAAACUUAAAAUGUUUAUCUUUCUUUCUUUCUUUCUAAAAUCAGAAUUUACAAAAAAAAAUAGUUUUUUUACUUUUAAUGUUUUAAACCUUUUUUUGGAACCUGUAAACAGAUUAAAGAUCCCAAAAAAGUUUAAAAUUACAUACAUUGUCAUCCCUAUUAAGCAUGCAGAUACCCCUCUUUAACACCAAGAUAUAUUCGUGUAUUUAACAAAUUUUAUACAAUGACUUCAUUUAUCUAGCGUAUUUAGGACAUAAGGACAUUUAGGCUAUUCGUAACAUCAUAUCUUGAUAAAGACAAUUACAUCUCUAGUCUAAAUAUCUCAUAUACACAACACAUAUCUCGAUGAUGAGACCAGGCUUAGUAUUGAAUUAGGUUUAAUAGAAGAUUACCAUUUAGCACCAUAAUAAUUGCCAAAACUACCCAUUCAGUUGAUAGGCUUUUACAAUCCGAAAAUGUUUAAUACUCUGAUCAUUUUGUUUGAAUCACAGAAGUAUUCAAUUAUUGUAGAGCAUGAGAAAGAAACUUUUUGAAGUAGCACAUCUAACUUACUUAUUGUUUCAGAUGCAAUCUAUACAUUCUUUAGAAGUAAUUAUAAAUGCUGAAAGAUCAUAUAUAUAUUUAAUGUUAAGUACUAUCAUAAUAAGUAAUAGUCCACCAAUACAAAGCAAUUUACUAUAUUAUCCCGAAAUCUUAACAAGCCCAAAAAGCCCUUUAAGAAGCCGUAAAAGCAGCCCUUACCAAGCUUCUUACCUUUCUUCUCAAUAAAAGGUCUACCCUUCCGUCUAGAUUUAAUGAAAGAGCAGUUUUACUCUCAACCGGUUAAUGAAUAAUAAGUUUUAUUAUUUAUUAUAAAUUAUUUUAAUCAUUUAACUACUUACCUCAAAUUAUGAAUUUUAAAAACACGUGGUAGACUGGACCGAGUGGAUUUUGUUCUAAUAAAAAUUUCCUUUUAUUUGAAUUUCGUUUUUUUAGGGUUUAGGUAAUGCCAAAGCCCGUUGGAUCUAUGAAUGAGUAUUCACAAAACAUUAAAAUAGCUAAGUACCGAGCUAUUCCGGUUUAUUAUUUCCUGCGUGCACGGUUGCACGGAUCAGAUUCCGAGAUACCGAUUACGCAGACUCGCGGCAGCUGCGAGCAAUUAUUGCGAGAACAAGAAAUUAAACGUUUCUCCUAUGAGCGGAAAGAGAAAAACGCUGAGCGGAUUAACGCUGAAUCUUAUCGCGAUAAAUGAUAAUUAACUUCCAAUAGCAGUUAAAAAGCGUUAAAAUGUUGUAGCGUUACUCCGUCUUCAGGCCUAAUUAAUGCUUUAUCAUGUGAAUGAGACUGUUUAAAACUUUAUGAUACUAAAUUGGCGAGAAACCGUAAGGCUCAUUAGAAUUUUCGGCACAGAAAAGAUUUCGGUUACCUACUUCUUUUUUAUCCUUUAAUUAACUAGCGACUUCGACAGCAUCAGGUCUCGUUUUUUGAAAAUCCCACAGAAACCUAACUAGAACUAAGUUUUUCCGGGAACAAAAAGUGUCCUAUGUCACAAUCCAGAUCGUAAACUAUAUGCGUACCAAAUUUCAAAACCGUUCAGUCGCUUUUCGCGUGAUUGAGUAACAAACACACAAACAUAUUUAAACAUACAAACUUCCAUAUUUAUAAUAUUAGUAGGAUUUCUUCCACAAUUAUUUCAACCAUACGUUGGCAGGCCAAUGACGAGAGAAAUAUUAUUAUUCUACAAAUUAAUUUGCGCUGCAGUUCAAGAUUAUCUCAUCGAGGAGUAACUGAGUGGCUGAACAAGGUCAUAGGGUUCGCUACAACGACAUGGGGGUGAGGUUCCGGGAGUUAUUUCUGCUCCUGGCAGUUUGUGCGCUUUCACUCAGUGAGCCCGUAAACAAAACUGCCAAGAGCUCCACGAUCCCUAUUUUCACUCAAUACGAUGACUACGAAGGCGACGAACAGGAGGUGCUCUUCAAUGAAGAUAGGCCUUGUCCGAGAGAUUGCAUCUGUACAGUGUUCCAAGGCUACAAGAUAGCUAAAUGCAACCGCCUCGAACUCGGCACACAAAAAUUUGGUGAUGAUAUUACCGAUUUGGUCAUUGAAAAUGCGGAUCCCGGACUACCUAUCAAACUCACCGAUCACAUAUUCAGAAAAGUGGGUCUCCAUCAGAUCGCCACAGUGAAAAUAGUGAACAGCACAAUUGACUAUGUCAGCCCAAGAGCUUUCUAUGGCCUCUCAGAACUCUACGCAGUAAACUUGGUCAAUAACAAUUUAAAAGAUUUGCACCCGGAAACUUUUGCAACCAACAAAAAAUUGUUACUCCUCACUUUAUCGCACAAUCCACUCAAGUUCCCUGAAUCGGGUUCCGAUGAGUACUUCCUCAAUGCAACUACUGUACAGGAACUCGAGGUGUCCUACUGCAGCAUGAAGAACAUCUCCGCCAACGUUUUCAAAAAUUUAUCAGGUCUCAUGUACCUAAAUGUAGCAGGAAACAACUUAACUGACAUUGAACCAGGUACAUUCAAAAAACUUCUGGACUUGGAAGAGCUUGAUUUAAGUGAUAACAACAUUAAAUCACUCCCUGAUGAUAUUUUCUCUGAAAACAACGAGCUUGCCACGCUCAAUAUUCAAAGAAACCCCAUUGACACUGUAUAUGGAUUACAAAUCUCUGAUUUAUUAACUCUCAACGCUGGCCAAACUAAAAUUAAAUUCGUGGGACCGUCUAUGUUCAACGGUAUGACAUACAUUGCAAAUCUUAAUCUCAGUGGAAAUAAAAUGCAACAAAUCCACAACCAAGCAUUCCAUAAGCUUGUCGAGUUAAACUAUCUGGAUCUGUCUUACAAUAACUUGAGUUUUGUCUCCAGUGAACUUAUCAAGGAAAAUAUUGAAUUGGACAUUUUCAAAAUUUCAAACAAUCCUCUAUUGAGGUAUUUGCCCGUAGAAGGAUUCAAUUGCUCAGCCGAACAAUUUAAUAUUUACCUAUUUGAUGCCUCUAACUGCGGCCUUGAAGAAAUCUACGAUAACUCUCUUAAGACGUUUACUGCUUUGUCGGUGAUCAAUUUAUCCGGUAACAACAUCAAGACCAUAAGCAAUAAAGUAUUCUCGGUAUGCCCAAAAUUGGUUGAAAUAAAUUUAGCUGACAAUAUGCUUACAACUCUCGACGUUAAAAUAUUUGAGAAAAAUAAUGAAUUAGGUAAACUCUUUCUUCAAGGCAACCCAUUGAAAGUUCUUUCCGCUGAAGUAUUCAUUCAUACUCCAUUACUGACCUGGUUAGAUAUGAGUAAUGCUGAAUUGACUGCAUUAUGGAAAACAAACAAAAACCAACCACAAACGUUAUUAGCAAACUUAACCUUCUUGAAUGUGUCGCAGAAUCAUAUCAUUGAAAUAAAACAAACUGAAUUAGAUACAUUAAACCAUCUCAGGUCUCUUGAUAUCAGUAAUAACCCACUAGUAUGUAACCGCGAAUUCGAAAAUCUUAUGACAUGGUUGAGCAAACGUAAAGUUUCACCAAACGCCAACACCGCACUUAUCGCUAACUUAGCUACUAAUCCGAAAGAAGAAGAAGAGACAUACAGCUGGGAAUUCCUCACGCGUAAAACUUGUGGUGCUUCUAGCGUACACCCAGUCGAACCUUUGCCAGCGGUAUCAGAUGAGGAAAUCUGGGAGAGGAUCGAUGAAGACGCCCAAGGUAACUUCGAUCUAAAGAACACUCUUGACGACGGCAAGUUGGCCGACGACACCAAGGUUAAUGAUAACAAACUAAACGACGAAAUCGUGGACGAUCUCGACAAAGACGAUGAUGAUGACGACGAAAAUGAUGAAGAUGAGGACGAGAAUGAAGACGACGAUGAUGCUUCAGAGGACUACGAUGACGGUGAAGGCGACGACGUAGAUCUCAAACUCAAACUCAUUGAGAAGCCCACCAUGAAAAAGCCCGUUGCGAAACAAGAAAAAGAGCAAGUGAAAAUCGCUAUCAAGCUUUUGGAAAACGACAGCGUUUAUGACGACCUAGAACCUGAAGUAUAUGUCCAGGCUUCUGUCGACGAGCAGCAGCAUGGAAGGUACGACUAUUUGUGGCCAAUUUUGAUCGCAAUCUUCAGCUCUUUAUUGCUAUUGAUUGUGAUUGCAAAGGUUGUGAUGAUAGUGUGCAGUAGGAGAAAUAAGCAAAUUAGAUAUAACAGUGCCAUAAUCGCUGCUAUGAGCCAACCAGGUCGCACGAAGAAAGAUUGCGGUUUGGUAUACCAGCAACUGUCGGAAGACUUGACAGGCCCGGCCACGCCGAAAUUGAGCCGCUAUCAGCCCCUCCCAAGUGUCACCGUCAAUGCCUCCAAUAUGUCGUAUGAAAGCAGUCCUUUCCAUCACAGCAACAUCGUCCCCGAAGCGGUGUGAGGCACACGGUACAAAAUCACAUGUUAGAGUUAAAACAAAACUAACAACUGCGUUAACUCUCACAUAAGCAGUAAGUGAUAGAUGGAUAGCGCUAGUCACAUACAGUAUAACACAUCUACAUUUUACAGUACAGCAGUGCCUUCAUACGAAUCUUCUCGAACAAUAUACUACGACCAACGUUUGUAUCUAGCGCAUCUUGAAUAUUAUAAAGUAACAAAAUGAAGUCAAAUUACAACAAAUUAAUUUAAGAUAUACAUAUUAUUAUAUAUUAUACAAAUUAGUUCAUAGGUUUAUUUUAUGUACUUAAAAUUUUAAAAAUUAAAACCAUAAAAAGAGAUUGUCUUUUAUUAUUAUUGUCUCUGGUAAACAAACUGUGAUUAAGCUCAUCAAUUUCUAGUAAAACCUUAUUUCUAGUAAUCUUCGGAAUUUUACUAUUACUCAUUAAACUCAAAGAAGCAUUUUUACCUUAAUUAAUGUUAAUCCAUGUCAUUAUAGUUAAGUUCCAUAGGGUAUUAUUGCAACUUCAAAAUGCAAAGAUUGUGUAGGGGCCGUUACUAGCCUGUAUUGCCCGUGUUACGUAAAUACGUAUACAAAAAACUACAUAUUUGCAGUAGUUAUUAGUAUGAAAGAAAAAUCAAACUUUAUAACCAGUUAAAAAAUUCAUGAAACAAAUGGUACAAAAUAUUUUAUUUAAAGGUUACAGUAAUUCCAUGUGGAACUAGAACAUGAAACUGUUGGAAAUAAAGGUUUAUUUCUAGCUACAUUUGUAUUUUUUGUUUUUUUAUUUACUUAAAUUAAACAUGAAUGCUAUAACAAUUAUGUUCUCAUUUUAGUUUUCCAUAUAAAAAAAAACAUUAUUCCGGAAAAAGUACCAGGAUGCAUGUCCAUUUAUAAGAGAUUCUGGUUGGUUAUACUAUACAUAAAAUAAAAGGUUCUGGACAUGUAGAGUAAAAAUAUGUUAUUCAUAACCAGAUAUUAUAUAAGACUUUUUUCUCCAUUUUCAUAACCAGAACC